GUCGGCGUCCAUAGCGGGCAAUGUUCGCACGCCUACGCGUUGCACGUCCCCAGCUUGCGCGUCCUGCGCGUCCUGUCCUCCAUAUCCGCCGCCGCCCUGCAUCGUCCUUCCACGCAGCCUUGACCUCCAUCCACCGACAUGACAUCUAUCGGAACGGGCUAUGACUUGUCGGCGAGCACGUACUCGCCCGAUGGCCGUAUUUUCCAGGUUGAGUACGCAAACAAGGCAGUCGAGAAUUCUGGAACCGCCAUCGGGCUGCGGGUCAAAGACGGUGUAGUAUUGGCUGUCGAGAAGAUCAUCCACUCCAAGUUACUCGUCCCGGAUGCGAACCGCCGGAUACAAACGAUUGACAAGCACAUCGGCAUGGCAUCGUCAGGUCUUCUCGCAGAUGGCCGGCAUCUAGCUAACCGUGCAAGAGACGAGGUGGCGGGUCUCUUCACGAUGUGGCGUUCACCUCCGACGGUCCAGUCACUGGUGGAGCGCGUAGGGCUUUACGUGCAGGCUUACACACUGUACUCCUCUGUCCGUCCAUUCGGCUGCAGCACCAUCAUCGGUGGAGUGGACAAGACUGGUCCAGCAUUAUUCAUCAUCGAGCCUAGUGGCGUUUCCUAUGGCUACCACGGUGCAGCAGUGGGGAAGGGGCGGCAAUUGGCGAAGACUGAGCUGGAGAAGCUCAAGCUUACAGAGCUAUCAACACGAGAAGCGGUCUUUGAGGCUGCCAGGAUUAUCUACCUGGUCCACGACGAUGCCAAGGAAAAAGACUUCGAGCUCGAGCUGUCCUGGAUCGGCGAUGAAACGGAUGGCCUGCACCUACCGGUACCGAAGGAUCUGUACAAUGAAGCGGCACGGAAAGCCAAGGAGAGCCUGGAGAACUUCGACUAGAUGUGCUGAUUGUGUAUUGUAUUCGGACUUGCUGUCAACUCUCG